AGCGGUUGCUAAGCGCCUUCCUUUAGAGUACGCUCACCCUGUUGUUAAGGGGAAGUAAUGUCACCGGAAAUGGGUUUGGCAUCUCCAGGGUGACGCUGAGAGUUCCGAUUGUUCUGUGGAAACACAAUGGAGCAGAAGUGAUCCUUUGCAAAAUAUCCACACACACACGUCUGCAGGAAAGAGCUUAGGAUUUUGAAUAUAAACACAAACUCACUGCUACACGGACAGGCAUUCAUCGAUUUUUAUUUUUUUGCGGGAAAAAUAUAAAAAAAAAAAAUAUUCAACAAGGAUUCAAUUAACUGCUGUGUGCUGAUCAAUGGAGUUCCCUUUCGAUAUCAAUUCAUUUUUCGGCGAUCAGAUUUCGGUCCUCGACCAGAACCUUACGGCAACUCGUAAAUGCUGGGGCAGGGCUGAUUUUCAGCAUCAGAUGGCGACUGUUAUAGAUGAGCUAGGGAAGGCUUCUGCCAAGUCCCAGCAGUUACAAGCCCCCAUCACCAGUGCGGUCAAGAUGCAGUCCAGUCAGCAUCACUUGUAUGUGCUCAAGGAUGGAGAGGCCAACAAUGGUCGAGGAGUUGCGAUCGGGUUCCUUAAAGUUGGCUACAAGAAACUUUUUGUUCUGGAUCAUGGCGGUGCGCACAACGAAGUGGAGCCGCUGUGCGUGUUGGAUUUCUACAUACACGAGUCCUUGCAGAGGCAUGGAUACGGCAAGAGGCUAUUCAAUCACAUGCUGGAGAAUGAGCGAGUGGAGGCCCAGCUGCUGGCCUAUGACCGACCAUCUCAGAAAUUCCUCUCCUUCCUCAGGAAGCACUAUGGGCUUGCUGCUUCUGUCCCACAGGUGAACAACUUUGUGGUGUUUGAUGGCUUUUUCCGAGGAAGAUCCGUUGAAGCCAGGAAAUUACCUCCUAAAAGAAAGGAUGGGGAGAUUAAACCCUACUCCCUCACUGAUAGAGAGGUCCUGAAGGAGGAGGAGAAGGGGCUGCCUUGGCCGUUCAGCCAGUCUCCCUCUCUGACACGUUCUCACAGUGUGGGCUCCUCCCCCAGCCGGCACCCGCCCCACACCUCUCCAUCCGCGGGCCUGCGGGAACCAAGAAUGGAUCAGCCUGGACCAAGACUCCUGAACGGAGACCAGCACCGCAUCUCUGCUGCAGAACUGAGGAGACGCACCAGCUCCCUGAACCGCUUCCAGCUGUCCUUUCAAUGACUUCAUCUGACAUUUGACCUGUCGUUAUCCCACAAAAUUCCACGGAACAGGAUUAUUUUUAACUGUUUAACAUUUUGGAACAAACUCUUGAUUUCUUUUUUUUAAAAACUGGACACUGUGAUUUGUGUUUCGUUCUUGUAUUACUUUUUGAUAAUCUGCUGUUGAUUUUAUAAAAACAGGUUCUUUGUUAAACUGCACUUUUUUAAAUUAAUCAGACUUGACCGCUUUGCCAUUUGAUAGGACAGAACAGGUUAUCGCCAUGUCAAUGCCAUAUAAUCAGGGACUUGUUGUGAUUUUGUAAACUAUUAAACAUUUUUAUUUCAAUGGCAGCUUAAUUACAGCAUGGGGAUAUAGCAGGGUCGACCUGACAUUUCUCGCGUCCCAAUGAGCCUGUUUCGACUUCCGCAGUCAGUUUGUCACUGAACAUAUCUAGCAAAGUAAUACAUCCCUAACUGAAGGGCAUUACUGUCUGGUAGUCGACAGUGUCGGAAAGAAAGAUCCCAAGAAGCAGGCAUGAUUGGUGGAUGAACAAGAUUUCUUAUUGUCGUUAGUCAUAUGACACUGAAUCCAAUCUUCUGAUUUGGCUACUGGAAAGUCAUUUUUCAUAAUAGUCAUAUAGAUCUGCCAGCUGUUGCUGGCUCAUGUGCUAGCGGAUACUGUAUUUAAGUUGAUGUGAAGGGUAAAUACUUUUUAAAUACAUUAGAAUUUUGCUCAUACCUUUAUUCAUAUUUCUGAUCAUGAAAAUAUGAAUGAGAAAUCAAGUAAUCGCUGUUAAGGAUCCGUCACAUUUUUGUACAUCUUAAACUCUACAGAUGUCAUCCCUUGCAUAGAUCACACAUCACAAAUUUAAAGUGAAAAAAAACAAACACUUUUUGUUGUUUAAUGGCAGUUAUUGAGCCCAAUAUCCGUUUGUGUUAUUGUAGUCCCUUCGAUCAAGCACCACAUGUUGACAUCUCUUGCACAAGAGACACCCUACACACGACAUGUUAAUAUAUGAAAUAUUAAAUUUCAGACCUCCUCUGAGUUUUGCAAAGGAGCAUCCUAAUGAAAGUUUUAGAAUAAUAUAUUACAGAGGAAAUCCCUUUUCAAUUGCUUGUACCCUUCACAAAUUCUGCUCCCUGAUUAAGCUAUGCGCUUUUGUUUUUUUCUAUCUUGGUACCCCCUUAUCUUUUCAGUCCUGAGCCCUUGUUCCCUGCCUUGAAUAAAUUCUAUUCCUGCUGGAAAUUAACUUGUUGUGUGGUUUAUGGUUUAGCGUUCGAAUAUGUAAAUAUAAAAACCCUAAACCGACCAUUGGCCAAAUUCAAGAGAGAGGUUAAACAAGAUCAGAUGAGUAAGUUUGAACUCAUGUCUUGCAGCAUCGAAAUGUGAAAAUAGCGCCUUGAUCAAUUGGGUGUAGCGGUUGGCAUGAAAGCACUAAAAAAAAAAAACUAAUGAUAAUUAGUUUAGUCUCAAUUUAAGGCGUCCACAGUGUGAAUGCAGUCCUUCUUGUUCUACCAUAGAGCAAUUUUAUUUUACAUGCAACACAGCAUACCAGAUUCCUACAGUAUAGCAGUCGUGACGUCAAGGUCCAGUUAUAAUAUCUAUACAGCUAAAAAAAAAUAAAACUCCUCCCCUUGCCCUCCGUGUAUAAUGGAGAACGGAGCACUAGAAUGUUUAGAUUGAGUGUUUUUUUUUUAUAUAUAUCAAAUAUUACAAUAUGACUAAGCAGGCAACUUCCUGAUGCCUGAAGAUUAAAACUUUAAUUUGCUGGCGGAGUGAGUUUGGUGCUGUCAACGUAGCCCAGUUAACAUUAGUCCACAUUGCUACUUCACAACCUAUUGAAACUUUAAUGAACUGGGCCCACGGUGCAUUUCCAGAACCCCUUCCCAAUACCCUGCCUGUAAUAGCCCACCUCAUUGCAUUAUAUUUAUUUAUCAAUUUUUCAUUUUUGGUUUACAUAUUGUAUAUAUUUUCUUUUUUCACCAUUCUCCCCCCCCCCCCCCUUCAAUUUUUUUUUUGCCAUGUUUCAUUGGUCCCUUCCCAUUUUUCCUCCUCGUUCCUCUAUCCCUUCCCCCUCCACUCCUCUGCCCCCUUUCUCUCCUUUCCUUUGCUG